GUCUGCAUAAAUGUGACCUUGCAAGUACACAUAACCAGUUGCCGGGAUGUAAAAGUCACACUGACUCGGAUUGACACCCUCAAGGAAAUCUGCUCCUGUUCCCUUUAAUAACUCAAAAUGAAGCUUAUAAUUGAUGAAAAACGGUCAUUCCCAUGGUUUGGCAUGGAUAUUGGUGGGACGCUUGUUAAACUGGUCUACUUUGAACCAAAAGACAUUACAGCCGAAGAGGAACAGGAGGAAGUGGAAAACCUGAAAAGCAUUAGGAAGUACUUGACUUCCAAUACAGCCUAUGGUAAAACUGGAAUUCGAGAUGUCCACCUCGAACUGAAAAACUUGACUAUGUGUGGGCGUAAAGGGAACCUUCAUUUCAUCCGUUUUCCAAGCUGUGCUAUGCACAGGUUCAUACAGAUGGGUAGUGAAAAGAACUUCUCAAGCUUGCAUACCACACUUUGUGCCACAGGAGGCGGAGCGUACAAGUUUGAGGAAGACUUUCGAAUGAUCGCUGACCUUCAGCUUCAUAAGCUAGAUGAGUUGGACUGCUUGAUCCAGGGUUUGCUCUAUGUGGAUUCUGUUGGUUUCAACGGCCAGCCGGAGUGCUAUUAUUUUGAAAAUCCCGCAGAUCCUGAACGAUGUCAGAAAAAGCCUUACUGCCUUGAUAAUCCUUUCCCUAUGCUGCUAGUUAAUAUAGGCUCUGGGGUCAGCAUCUUAGCAGUGUAUUCCAAGGACAACUACAAGAGAGUUACGGGGACCAGUCUUGGUGGUGGUACAUUCCUGGGCCUAUGUUGCUUGCUGACUGGCUGUGAGACAUUUGAAGAAGCUCUAGAAAUGGCAGCUAAAGGAGAUAGCACUAAUGUUGAUAAACUGGUGAAGGAUAUUUAUGGAGGAGACUACGAACGUUUUGGACUUCAAGGAUCUGCUGUAGCAUCAAGCUUUGGCAACAUGAUGAGCAAAGAAAAGAGAGAUUCCAUCAGUAAAGAGGACCUAGCAAGAGCGACUUUAGUCACCAUCACCAAUAACAUCGGUUCCAUUGCCCGGAUGUGUGCUUUGAAUGAGAACAUUGAGAGGGUGGUGUUCGUUGGAAACUUUCUGAGAAUCAACAUGGUCGCCAUGAAGGUGCUAGCCUAUGCCAUGGACUAUUGGUCAAAGGGACAACUCAAAGCUCUCUUUUUGGAACAUGAGGGUUAUUUUGGUGCUGUUGGGGCCCUUCUAGAGUUGCUUAAAAUGACAGAUGAUCAGUGAUAAAGCCCCGAGGAUCUGCAAGACUGCUGUAAGAGUGACAGCUGCUAAGAGGAUGGGAAAGAAGCCAUGAUGGACGUUCUACCUGCUGGAUUUGUAAAUAAUAAUUUAAACUUGUUUUAGCUGAUCUUUUAACUUUAGGGUUGGACGUUAACUUCAGAAUUCAUACCAGGAAUCUAAAAAGGCAUUUUUAUUUGUAUACUACAUUUUUUUAAGACAAAAUGUGCAAUGUGGCCAAACAUUGGCAGAUUUUUAUGGAUUAUGUAAAAAAUAAUGAUGGAUACUGUAUGGGAAAAGGACAUAAGAUAUGAGACACUGGUUUUAUUAUUAUUUUCUUCUGGGGUUUACUGAUCUAGUGUGAUAAUUAUUCAUUUAGUAAUCGCUCUAGGAGAUUUUUAAAAAAUCUUUCAUGACGUUUCAUGAUUGCUGUUGGUUUCAAAUGAAACUGAAAAACUGGCAUUUAGUGUGAACACUAAAGUAAUGAAUCUUGUUGCCUUCAUUGUUCAUUAAACUAUUUCCCCAUCUUCCCCAAGCAGACUACUUUUGUUUGAAAGCCCAUGUUAGCAAUAAUGAGAAGUACUGUUCGAUGUGCCAUCAAAUCUACUGAAAAUAGGGAGAACACUUCAACCUAUCCUGAUACACCAUGUACACUUUGGAAAUGUAUGCACUGAGUUUACUAUCCACAGUACCCAAAACCUAGUAAUCUGAGUUGAACACAUUUUAUUAUUGGACAUUAAAAAGCCUGGUUCCCACAAACAGUAGACAAGAUGGUAAACCUGUUCUCUCAUAACUGAAUGCUCUUCUACAUAGAGAAAAAAUCCUCGCACAUCCUGGCUUUCUAUUUGCAGGGUUUUUAUAAUUAUUAUUAUUAUUUCAUAUGGAAGGAGCAUUCAAUCAUGUGAGGCCCCACCAGCAGUCUGAAAUGGUGCAAUCCAGAAAUAGGUUUAUCAUCUGUUUAUGUGAGAAACAGGCCUUAAAGGACAUGUUUAUUACAAUAAAUACACAUGGAAACGGAAGUCAUACAAGAUGAAUAUUAUGCCAUCUGUUCGACAUCUUUUAAAAUGGCUCAGUUCGGACAACAUAUUAGUCAAUGAUGGUUUUAGAACUCUGUGGUGGAGUUGUUACACCACUUUUGAGAAACGUAUUGUCUGGCAGGAAAACUCCGCACAACGGUGGAUUUUUUUGGGAAAACAUUCCAUGGAGAAUAUUCACACUGCAGAGGAGAGUUCCUGCACAACUGUCAUGUUGCAUGUUGUGUGGUGGGCUCCAUGGAGUUCUCCGUUGAGUUGAAACUGAGCUAAUGUCAAACACAAGUCAAUUUUUAUGUUGAGAAUGAAUGUAAUGUAUACUAAUUCAUUAAAUGAUUAGUGGUAUUCAAAAUUCAAUUGUUAAAAGUAGAAUAAAUACAUACAUACUACAAUUGUGUGAUUAACUAGAAACUUCCAGACCUUGCAAAGAACAGCAUUACAUACUAAAUUAUUUUCUAUCUAGUUGACUGGUGUUGGAAGGACAGUUCUGCUGUCACAUGCUGUGCAGUGUCCAUAACAUGACAGCAUAUGUUUCAGGGAGCAAAAGUUCUCUAAUAAAUUGGAUUUCUUUCUUUGGAAUACAGUAUUUUUUUCUUUAUCUUCAAACCUUUCAUGAAUUAAUUCUAACUGUUGACUUACCUGGCUCAAUAAAAGUCCAUGACUGUUGUGAUGGUU